AUGUUGAAAUCCUGUAAUAAAUAUCCACGUUUUAUCUCUAGUACAAAAAUUCGUCAAUCACCAAAACUCAUACAAGUUAGAUGUCGUAUCCAGCCUGUCUCAACUUCAUCAUUUGCAACAGCAAUUUCUGCUGCUAGGAGAUUGGUAACUCCCGCUUACCUUUUAAAUAAUCCAUUAUCUGUAGUUUCUGAAGAAAUGAAUACUUUAGUGAAAAAUAUCGUCACUUUAAUUGGUUCUGGUCAUCCAAUUUUAAAUAGAAUGACAGGCUAUUAUUUUGAUGCUGAAGGUAAGAAAGUUAGGCCACUACUAGUGUUGUUAUUAUCAAAAGCAAUCUCCAAUAUCCCUUUAAAUGAAAGAGCAAACAUUACUAGAUUUGAUUCUAAUGACGUAUCAGCUUUCCCUAUCUCCAUGAAAUUCAUGUCAUUAAAUUUAUUUGAUAAUCCCAAAGACAAUUUCUCACCAAUUCAAAUUCUUAAUGGCAUUAAACCAUUAAACCCAUUAACAAAUAAAGCGGAUACUACAUUUCAAAGUACUUCUUUCGAUAAAAAAAAUGGUAUCUUACCAAAGCAAAGGAGAUUAGCAGAAAUUGUAGAAAUGAUCCAUACUGCUUCUUUAUUGCAUGAUGAUGUUAUUGAUCACUCUCCUACAAGACGCGGUAAUCCUUCAGGAAAUGUAGCUUUUACUAAUAAAAUGGCUGUACUUGCAGGUGACUUUUUAUUAGGUAGAGCUACAGUUUGUAUUUCAAGAUUGGAAAACCCAGAAGUAGUUGAAUUGAUGUCCAAUAGUAUUGCAAAUUUAGUAGAAGGUGAAUUCAUGCAAUUGAAGAAUAUGGUUUUAGAUUCUGAUUUAACUUCCAUUGAUAAUGGUAAAAUAUCAUUACCAAUUCCAUCUCCAAAAUUUGAACAAUAUUUAAAUGAUUCAAAUUCUUCAGUAAUUUAUCAAUCAACUCCUCAAAUUUCUUCUGUUAAAUCAACAGAUUAUCAAAAACAAGAUAAAUUAAUUGAUAUCGCCUUUGAUUAUUAUUUGCACAAGACCUAUUUAAAGACUGGUUCUUUAAUUGCAAUGGCAUGUAGAUCUUCCGCUGUAUUAGCCGGUGUAAAUGAUUCUGUGGUGGAGCAAUGUUUUGAAUUUGGUAAAAAUAUCGGAAUUUGUUUCCAAUUGGUUGAUGAUUUAUUAGAUUUCUCAAUCCCAUCAAAAACUUUGGGUAAACCUGCUGGUGCUGACUUGAAAUUAGGUAUUGCUACUGCCCCUGUUUUAUUUGCUUGGAAACAUGACCAUUCAUUGGGAAAAGUUAUUAACAGAAAUUUUUCAGAAAUUGGUGAUGUAGAAAUUGCAGCUACUGCUGUGGAAACUUAUAAUGGUGUUGAAUUAACACGUAAAUUAGCUGAAGAUUAUAGAGAUAAAGCUUUAGAAAAUUUAAGAUCAGUAUUACCAGAAUCUGAUGCCCGUUCUGCUUUAGAAUUUCUAACAAAUAGUAUAUUAACAAGAAAAAAAUAG